GCAGCAGCAACAACAUGGCGUCUUCGAAAAUGUACUUCAGUGCAGAAACGUCGUUCGGAUAAUUACUGAGUCCCCUUCAGUGCUUCAUGGCAGUUUGUGAAAUCUAAAUUUGUGUCUUUGUAUAGUAGAAGUCGUAUUUCAUAUAUGACCAGUAGGCAACUGAGGAACAGCCCAACAACUGUAAGUAAAUUUUGCAGAUGCUAACGCACCUAGCUAGUUACACUACUCUUCAACGUUACGUUAGCUACCACACCACAAGCAGCAUCUCAGAGACCUGAAACGGUUCCAAAACAGCAUUGUAAAAUAGGCCUACUUGAAGAAAUGUAAUGUUGUACACAAAAAUAUUUCCGCUAUUUGGUGGCGGUCAGUAUCAUUGUGUGCGUCAUUGAUUCAUUGAUAACCCUUGUCGUUAUGUGAAAAAUGAACGUGAAAGAAUCGAAAGCCAUGAAGAUGAAACGACCCUACAAGAUGCUGACCAAGGAGCAGGCUGCGAAAAGGAAGGGCCUGGAGAAAUGUUACAUUUGCACCCACAGCUACAAACCUGAGGAGAUAGAUGAACACAUGAACGGCAUAACCCAUCAUCUGGCUCUGGACAAACUUUAUAAGACGAUCCGGCCGCACCACUGUGCUGUGUGUGGGUGUCUGUGGAAAGGCCUGAAGCUUUACCGGGCGCACGUGGGGACGGUGGAGCACAAGAGGAAGGUGGCCGAGCUGGUGGCCAAACGCCGCAGUGGCGCCCCAGUGGACCUCGACUACACCGCCUCCCCCAGCCUCAUGGACCUGUGCAAGGAGCGCGACCAGAGACACCAAGAGAACAAGGCCAAGAAGAAGCAAGAAAGGAAAGAGCUUAAAAAUGAGGUGAAGGCAAAGAAACGGGAGACUCAUUUUCCCAGCAUGCAACAGCAACAGCAGCCUAAGCAGCAGCAGCAGCAGCAGCCCAACACCACCGCCCACAAGCAGCCCAAACAGCAGAAGAAGAAGAACAAGGAGAAUAAGAAUAACCACUGCUCCUCAGCAGCAGGUCAGGGUGGCCAGGACUGGCCAGAGUAUCGAGGUCAGUACACGGUGCCCAGCUCCCCUGCCAGCUCCUUCAGCGAGGACUGGGACCGACCAGAGCAUCACCCCGAGGUGACCAGCACCAGCACACGAGGAGGAGGUGUGUCAAGGUCAGCGGUGGGAUCCAGGUGUGCAGCUGAUGGGGCGUAUGGCAGCAGCAACAGCAGCAGCAGUAGCAGUCACACCACAGCAGAGCAGCAAGGGAGCUCCACCGCCCAGGGAAGCGGCGCUGUCGGAACCAGUAGUGGAAGCUCAGCCCAGGCCCAGGGAAGCGGGACCAGUAGUGCCACCAACACCUCCAAACCGCAGAGUGGAGGCCACUACUUCUCCCCCGAGAUCGACUUCGGUCUGGACUUCACCUGCGACAUGCUGCCACCGGUGGGUGCUGUACUGUUUGCCUCGUCACCUGCGGCAACAGGGGGGGACCACGGCAACCAGACCAUAAUAGUACUGUCGUCAGGGAGCGAGGCUGAGCAGAGGAAGGCGGCGGCGAAGGGGAAGAGGUGUCGUCACAGCAAGUCCAGGAAGAGGCCCCUCAGUCAGUGCGACGCGUCGCCAAGCACGUCAGCCGGCAACCGGCAAGAGGAGGUCCCUACCCUUCCUCCCCCACGGGCCCCGGGAUUGGUGAAGGCCCACGUGAAACACAUCUCGAGCAUCCUGCGUCGCAUCAGGAAGUCGCUGGACGAGGAAGGCCUCUCGCAUCACCAUGACGACUCUGAGGACGGCAACGAGAACCACUCAGGGCACAAAGCCAAGAGGAGGAAGAUGUCUGAUCACCAUGGAGAUGGAGAUGAACAUGGAGAUGGAAGCAGCUGUGAAGUCGUGGAGGACACCACCUGUGGUCCAUGCAACAGUCCUCCACCAUCCUCAUCCCCACCUCCUCCACCACCAUCAUCAUCACCACCACCAUUACCGCCACCACCAUCAUCAUUACCACCAUCGCCAUCCUCAUCACCACCACCUCCACCUCCAUCAUCACCAUUCCCGCCGCUGCCACCACCAUCAUCUUCAUCCUCUUCAACACUACCACCACCUCCACCUCCAUCAUCAUCAUCACCACCACCACCACCACCACCACUACCAUCAUCAUCAUCCCCACCACCUCCACCUCCAUCAUCAUCAUCAUUCCCGCUGCCGCCAUCAUCAUCAUCACCACCACCACCACCACUACCAUCUUCAUCCUCUUCAACACUACCACCACCUCCACCUCCACCAUCAUCAUUCCCGCUGCCGCCAUCAUCAUCAUCGCCGCCACCAUCAUCAUCCCCACCACCAACUCCACCCUCAUCUCUACCACCACCAUCACUACCACCACCACCACCACCACCCCCAUCCUCACCAACCCCACCUCCACCACCGCCCCCACCAUCAUCACCACUGCUACCCCCCUUGUCCUCUUCUUCCUCUGAGAAGCCAGAGUCGGCUGAUGCCAUCCCAGAAGCCCUCAAUCGUGCGGAAGAAGAUGAGGAAGGAGAGGAACCGAGGCUGGAGACCCUUGGGGAAGAUGAAGAUGGAGAUGGUGGAGAGGAGCGGAGGAUGAAGACCCGUGAGGAUGAUGAUGGUGGAGAGGAAGCUUCUCACUCUGACUCCAGGGAGUCUACUGGCACUCAGGGAACCAAAAGCAGCACCAGCGCUAUUGGCGGUACCGGUACCGGUACCAGCACCGUCAGUGGUGGUGGUAAUGAUGCCGUUUCUGGUACUGGUACUGCCCCGGACCAGCCCUCCCCCUCCCCCUCCCCCGGUCGGCCGGGCCUCUCGGAGCUGCUGCGGCGCGACCUGAGCCGUCUGGGUGCCAAGAGCGCGGCCCACGAGCCCAACCUCAUGGCGGCCCGGCGGGUCAGGACCAUCAGCACCACCGGCACCGCUCCGGUGGCGGUUGAGGCAGUGGAGAAAGACGGCCUGACCACGGCGUCCGGGUCUGGGUCUGGCCCGGGGGCCGGGUCUGUGUCGGGGUCCGGGUCCGGUUCGGGGUCGGGCACAGCCUCUGGUUCUGGCUCAGGUUCUGGUUCUGGCCUGAAGCCGACUCUGGAAAAGUUAAUCAACUCGACGGCGGCCAAACGGAAGGUGAACUGGCAGGAGCUGCUGCAGCAAUAUCACCGGAACAAGAGGACACGCGAGAAGGGCAUGCCCAGGUUUGGCAUCGAGUUGGUGAGCCCGGUGGUGUCGUUGUCGGGGGACGUGGAGCUGGAGGAGGUGGAGGAUGGGGAGCUGCUGGUGGGGGAGGAUUUCCCCUGGGACCACAUCGACUUUGAGGACGCCAGCAGCUACCCUCCUCCACCACCAGAGGGAGACGACGAGCCACCUUCACAACGGCCCUACCCACGGCCGGGCGAGGACGGCUCCUGGCCUCCUGUAGGGGGCGAUGAGGAGGGGACCCAGAGGGCAGCGCUGGGUGAGGACGGCUCCUGGCCUCCUGUGGGGGGCGAUGAGGAGGGGACCCAGAGAGCAGCGCUGGGCGAGGACGGCUCCUGGCCUCCUGUAGGGGGCGAUGAGGAGGGGACCCAGAGGGCAGCGCAGGUGGUCAUCAAGAAGGAGGAGGAGGACUGGAGAUACGGGGACACACAGGUGGUUAUUAAGACGGAGAAGGAGGACUUGGGAUAUGGAAACACACGGCCACAGGUUCCUCCUCCUCCUCUUCCUCAACCAUCCUGUAGUGGUAGAGAGGGGCAACCAGACAGACACAGGAAAGCAAGCCAGGUGGACGAGCUGCUGGCGGUGUCGUUAAAGGAGGAGGAGUUGAGCUGCUGCCUGGAGAGCCUGGAGGGGAACCUCACUACAGCACGCCAGGCCCUGCAGGACGCACAGAUGGAGGUCCAGCGCCUCCUCAUGGUCAAAGAACAGACUUCAAAUGAGAUCAACACAAUGAGAGCCAAACGGAUAGAGAUCCUGAGAGUCUUGCGAGGUGGCAGUAGCAGCUCCGGUGGCAAUGCUGGCAGGAGGCCGCACAGCAGGUCACGCCCAGAGACUCCUGCAGCCCAGAGCUCCCCUCCAGCCCUCCUCACCCUCACACGCCUCCACGGCCUGGACAGCUCCGCUCCUCCUCCUACCCCCUCUCCGCUUAGCGCCCCCUCUCCGCUUACUGCCCCCCACCCUCAUCCAGAUGCCCCAGCACCCCAGCCGCCACUUCUAUUGCCCUCACAGGCCUCCCAGCUGGCUGCUGACCUGAUGACUGAGGAGCUGGCCAGUCUCGUCUCCUCGUGUGGCCUGCCCGCGUUGCUCUGAUGCACGGAGGGAAGGUAGCCUGGUGACCCGCACAUUACACUUCUCUUCAUCCGUAUUCAUGGUCUGGUCUGGAGGUUCUGUCAUGGGGAGGCUUUAGUCGGGCGGCCGGACAAUAAGCGAUACGAUUGGGGGAGAGCUGGCCGUGCAAUCGUUUCAAACCAGAACUUGAAGAGUGCAAUCCUCCCGCCCUUCUCAUCGCUCCAGGUCAAAGAACCUCCAGACCAUGAAUACGAAUGAGGAGAGGUAUUAUGGGCGGGUCAUGACAUGCCAGGCUACGGGGGAAUAGUAAGGGUUUGUGCCGUUUCUCCUACUCUCCCACCCCUUCCGCUUACCGCCCCACAUCCAGACGCCCCAUCCUAGCUGACCCAUCUAUAGAACCAGUCGCCAAGUCUGGGCCCGCACAUGAAACUGCUUGUUUUCGUCCACGUUUGCUCCACCAGUGGCUAAUCAAUAUGCCAAAUGACAGGCAGUGAUUGGCACCGCACUACCAGCGACAGGGUGGAGCUAUUCGGAGGGGAAAACGUGCCGUUUUUCAUGGGUGGGACAGAGGUGCCGACUGGAUCCAUCACCCCAGGACUCCCAGAUGGACGCUGACUUGAUGACCGAAGAACUGGCCACUCUUGUGUCCUCGUGUGGCCUUCCUUCCUGCGCUGCUCUGGUGUCCCUUUAGUCUUCAGUUGAGGGAGGGAGGUCGGCACGCUGGCAAUAAGCUCCAAAAACUAAACUUUAUUAUUCAAAGAAGCAAUGUUUGAUCUCCUGGCCUGAAUCAUCAAACAUUGCUUUUUAAAUAAUAAAGUUUAUGUUUUGGAGCUUAUUGCCAGUGUGCAGACCAGAUGGCAGCAGUGCCCGGCACGCUGACCUGAUGCCUGAGACCAGAUGGCAGCAGUGCCCGGCACGCUGACCUGAUGCCUGAGGAGCUGGCGUCUCUUGUCUCCUGUGGCCGGCACGCUGACCUGAUGCCUGAGGAGCUGGCGUCUCUUGUCUCCUGUGGCCUUCCUGAGGAGGGAAUUUGUCCCUUUAGUCUUAAGUUGAAUGAGGUAUAGGUCUGCUCUGCACAGUGCCCAUAAGCUCCAGGAAAUAAACUUUAUUAUUUAAAGAUCCAGGGUGAUCGAAACCUUGCCUUUUAAAUGAUCUGAUUAUCUUUUUUGGAGGUUAUUUGCGGUGUGCAUGGAAGACGUACCUCCUUCAACUGUCUGACACUUUUGUCUGGCACCCUACGCCAAACUCCUGAAGUCUUAAAGCCCACAUGAUCACUUUAUACUGGAUCCAUCAUCCAAGCAGUGCGCUCUGACUUGGUGACAGAGGAACUGGCCAGUCUUGUCUCGUGUGGCUUGCCUGCGUUGCACUGAUGUACGGAGAAAUGUCACUCAAACCGAGGAGCCAACAAAAGCAAUUCUGCAUUAAACAGGAAUAGCCUGCUGCUUCCUUGCGAUAUGUGAAAGGACACUCUCUCGCAUUAAGAAGUUGUCAAAACUUUCGCUGGUAAAGCAGUGAGUAUUUUUUUUUCCAAGUUCAGGGUGUUCAACCCGGAGAGCAGGUUGCUGUGUUCGUCCCUUUAGUCUUAAGUUGAAGGAGGCACGUAGGUAUGUCGAUAAGCUCCAAAAAAUAAACAUUAUUAUUUGAAAAUAAACGUUUCAGUCACACCGGAUCUUCAUCUUCAAAAAAUAAACUUUAUUAUUUAAAAAGUAA